GCUCCAUUUGAUUGAAGGCUUUGUUUUGGGUGCUAUGUAGUAGAUUAGUUGACUGUUCUAUUUUGUGGGCAAUAGCCAGUUGAAAUUGUCUGCAACUUACAUUUUUAAACCCUCCCCUGUGUUGCAUGAACUGCUCAUAUAUGUAAUAACAGAGAAGAACUUUGGUAAUAAGCUGUCAUUCUGCUAUUAUUCAUGCAGAAAGUUAUUGUUUCUUGCCGCUUUUGUUGCACUUGGCGUUUUCAACGAUGUGCACUUGUGCCCUUGUGUUUGAAUCCCUGAUCCCUGUCUAGAAUGUUUUUGCCCUGGAGUCCGUAGCCUUUUUUAAUUCAUGUAUCCAGAGUGACUAUUUAUUUUGCUCGUUGCCACUAGGUUUGUGCAGAGUACAAGGGUAGAGGCGUACCUUCCCAGUUUAUUUACAAAUUGUAAUGAACAUCCGGGUUGGCAUCCUUGUUGGCGACGAGUUCUCUUUCCUUUGGCUUAACACAAAUGGCAGAGGAAGAGGGUGGAUUUGACCCAUGUGAAUGCAUCUGCUCUCAUGAUCAUGCCAUGAGGAGACUGAUUGCCUUGCUGCGGCAGUCCCAGUCCUAUUGUACAGACACAGAAUGUCUACAGGAGAUUCCUGGUCCUGGCACUUCUGCUGAAGAUUUCACUGUGCCAAUGAUCCUGAUGGGAUGGAUUGCAUUGGCAGUGAUCCUCUUCCUGUUACGUCCUCAGAGUGUGAGGGGUGGGCCUGCCGCCAAUUGUGGCCCUCACAAUACGGACAGCAGGGGGCCACCUGCACCUCCAGUAGAUUAACCAGUGCUAUGGUUACAGGAGUUCUACCACUGGCCAAGGACCUGUGCUGUGACCUGUGACUUCAAGCCGCUGUCAACUGACUUGUUCUAAUGGUUAGCUUUAUGGCCUUAAAUCAUACUUAGCUACUGUAGCUUUAAGACUUUCUUAUUCAGCACUGCAAACGACCAUAGAUUCUAGAUCAUUUCAACUUCUACUGAGAAAUUUAGAGAAACACAGGAACUGAACAAGUUAUACAGAUAAAUCUUUACAUUCCUUUUUUGAUAUUAAUACACAACUUACAGGUUUUGUUACAUGAUGCCUUUCAGGUCAUGCAGGGAUGAUUAUGUUUUUGUUUUGUUUUUUACUUUGGGUUCUUCUUACCCAUCUAAUCAACUUGAUAUUUGCACAUGUUUGUUAUGAGUCAUUGAUAUAAUAAUGUCUUUUUCUCUGCAAAAUAAUGCUGUGAGUUACCAAAAAACAUGAACCCACUAAAUAAGGUGUGUGUGUGUGUGUGUGUGUGUGUGUGUGUGUGUGUGUGUGUGUGUGUGUGUGUGUGUGUGUGUGUGUGUGUGUGUGUGUGUGUGUGUGUGUGUGUGUGUGUGUGUGUGUGGCCAAAGUACAGAAUCAUUUAGCUUAUUUUAAACAACUGGAUUCAAUGCAAUCUGGAUGAAUUGGUUACAUUUGUAGACAAUCUUGUCCAAACAUGACUUACCAUCCAGGUGCUAUGCUCAUGCUCAGAAAACUGUCACAAGUGAAAUGUAAAUGUCACAUGGUCAGGUCAAAAUGUACUGCUUAAGCUAGAUGCUCAGACAACCGAAUGUUUCAAUCGAGCGCGAAAGAAGUCUGCUCUUUUAAUACUGUUUGGGCCUUAGAGAGGCGAGUUAUUUCAUGUUAGAAAUUCAUGUCACAGUGGCAUCCUAGAUGGCUGUGGUGUUCCAUCAUAUGUAACCAUUAAUCAAAUCACUGUAGUGUAGGAUCUACAAAUCAGGUCGGCGUAUUGUUGCAAUUAAAUCUGUGCUAUGUAGACAACAUAUUGUAUUCAUAUCACAGGAAGGGCUUCCACUGUGCACUUUUCCUUAUCUUGAAUAAAUUCCUCAAAAUA